AUGGCGAGAUUUCACUACCUGUUGGCUGUGAUUCUCGCUGCUGCUGGGAUCGUAUCCAGCCAGGAUCCCAUCAUUCCUCAAGAUGCGCCUCCUGCUGAAACCUCUCCAAGCCAUCCCACGCUUCCUGGAAUUGCUCCUAACUGCAACAGAUGGUACACGGUCAAACGCGGAGACACUUGCUACGCGACUGCGCAGAACUUUGGCAUCAGCCUAGAUGAUUUCUUCAACUGGAACCCUGCCGUUUCGAAGGAUUGUCUGCAGAAGUUUUGGCCUGACUACUCGUACUGCAUUGGCGUGGGCACUGCUCCUCCUCCUCCUCCUCCUCCUCCUCCUCCUCCUCCUCCUCCUCCUCCUCCUCCUCCUCCUCCUCCUCCUCCUCCUACCACUACCGAAACUACAACCGUGAGUUCGAGUACUACGUCUCAGACGACAAGUUCCGCCAAUGCCACCACAGGAUAUUCGGUCAUCAACCCGAUCACUUCCUGGAAUCUUACCCUGACCAGCACCGACACUGCAUGGCCUCCUACCAAGACUCAGGCAGGACAGCCCUCGACAUGCAACAAAUGGCAUCUUGUCCGGGUUGGAGACACGUGUGAUACAAUCCAAGCCCGAUAUGUUGCAUGGGUCAGCUUCGAGGAGUUACUCCAAUGGAAUCCUGGCCUUGCAGAGGACUGCCAAUUCCCGUUUGUGGGCUGGUGGGUUUGCGUGGGAACGCAGCCCCAGACUUCUCUGAGCUUCGACUAUCCAACCAGCGGGCCUGUCAUCAUUCCAGAGCCAACGAUUCACACGCCCAUGCCAACCAGUAUCCCGGGCUCCGAAUUUACAGCUUCCCCGACUCAGUCGGGACUCGUGUCUGGAUGCCAGGGAUUCCACUAUGCAACCGCUGGCGACUCGUGUUCUAGGAUCCUUGCGGAAUAUGAUUUCUUGACCGAAAAGCAAUUGCAUCAGUGGAACCCGGAUUUGAAAGCCGACUGUUCCGGUCUUCACGCCAGCUACUACUAUUGUGUUGCGGCAUUUUCCACGGGCGAUGUCCCCAUGCCACCCACCGUGACGGCAACCCCAACGCCAACCCAGAUGGGGACCACGCAGAACUGCACGGCAUGGUACAAGACCAACCAUGACGACAGCUGCUGGGGGAUCGCAGUCAUGUUUGGCACCUUCUCGGAGCAGGACUUUGUGGCGUGGAACCCUUCGGUGGGGAAAACGUGUGCGUGGAUCAAGGACGACGCGUGGUAUUGCGUCAGAGACCCGAACACGCCUCCGACGCGAACUGCGCCUCUUCCCACCGACAUCUUCCCGACCAAGACGCCUCGCCAGCCGAAUGCGACCAGCUCCUGCGCCAGCUGGUGGUUUGUCUCGAGCGGCGACACGUGCGACUCCAUCGCCGUGGCGAACGGGAUCUCGCUGGAGGCGUUCUACCAGUGGAAUCCGGAUGUGAAUACGGCGGAGGGAGAGUGCAAGAAUCUGCAGCUGGAUUAUGAGGUGUGCGUUGGGGUUAAAUGAUUUUCAUAAGAUGAGGAUAAAAUAUGGGGUAGUUAUCUCGAGACAAAUCCACUCUGUAACUAGUAGUUCGACGACGGACAACGACCUGUAGAUAUUUUUCACUCCGCCUGAUUUGACAAGCCACUU